GUUUCAGCCGGACAGUUUUAGAAGUGACACAAAACAAUCGAAGCAGUCCGUUGGUGCAGAGGGGACGAAAUUCUUCAGGCCUCCUAAUUAAAACCAUUCGGACUGUAAUUAGUCGGGGGGUCGGUGUGUGUGAGUGGCAGACAUCAGCAACAAGCUACAGACAACAAGCUGAUGAUCGAUGUUCGGUCGCCGGUGUCGCUCUCCACCGACUUUAUCGUGACGCAGCUACCGUGUAGCUAGUUAGCUAGAAUGCUAAUAUGAUGUUCAACCCAUUUGCCGGGUUACCAGAUAACCGAAAACCCAUGUACAGUCAGCCACAAAAUGGCGUGUACAAAAGUGGCGAUAAAACAAGCCCUAUUAGCGUCAUCCUGGUUAGCUCUGGCAGCAGAGGGAACAGACUACUGUUUCGGUAUCCUUUCCAGAGAGUGGCAGAGUGUCCGUCAUCUCUUGCAGCCAAACAGCGAAGUCCAUAUGCACUGAACACAGCUGGGGACGGCCUAGAAGAUCAGGAUGGAGAUUCAAGAGAACAAUCUCCACUAACUGACGAACAGUUGGUAGCAGGGUUCUCUGACAUCAUCCUCGCCACCAUCCUGGCCACCAAAUCUGACAUGUGCGGAAAGAAGUUUGAGCUGAAGAUAGACAACGUUCGAUUUGUGGGUCACCCUACUCUCCUUCAGCAUCCUCCGAUCAUUCAGGUUUCUAAGACAGAUCCUUCACCCAAGAGAGAAAUGCCUACGAUGAUCUUGUUUAAUGUGGUGUUUGCACUAAGGGCGAAUGCUGACCCGUCUGUCAUUAGCUGCAUGCACAACUUGUCGCGGCGCAUCGCAAUAGCCCUGCAGCACGAGGAGCGACGCUGCCAGUACCUGACCAGAGAGGCCAAACUGAUGCUGGCUGUCCAGGAAGAGAUUACUACCAUGACUGAGACGGAUGGAAGCCCCCAGUCCCCAUUUAGACAAAUCCUCCCCAAAUGUAAACUGGCCAGAGACCUGAAGGAGGCUUAUGACAGUCUUUGUACAACCGGUGUGGUGCGACUACAUAUUAACAACUGGCUCGAGGUCAGCUUCUGUUUACCACACAAGAUCCACAGAAUUGGUGGCAACCAUAUCCCACCUGAGGCAUUAGAGCACAGCCUUAAGGCAAUAAGACCCUAUCAUGCCCUGCUACUGCUGGAAAGUGAGAAGGCACUGCUGAGUCAGCUCCCCCUGGACUGCUCACCUGCGAUGGUGCGUCUCAUCAAAACCUGCUCAGCUGUGAAAAACCUGCAGCAGCUCGCACAGGAUGCUGACCUGGCCCUACUUCAGAUCUUUCAAAUCGCUGCUCACCUGGUCUACUGGGGCAAAGCCAUCAUCAUCUACCCACUGUGUGAGAAUAACGUCUACAUGCUGUCUCCUCAUGCCAACAUCUGCCUAUAUUCACCUUUGGCUGAGCAGUUUGCUCAGCAGUUUCCCGGUCAUGAUCUGCCAUCCAUGUUAGCCAAGUUUUCACUGCCUGUCUCUCUGGCCGAGUUCAGAAACCCACUGGAAGCUCCUGCACAGGAGGCCCAGCUGAUCCAGAUGGUGGUGUGGAUGCUACAGCGCCGCCUGCUGAUCCAGCUGCACACUUACGUCUGCCUGUUGGUACCGCCCAGCGAGGACGAGCCCGGGUUGAGGGAUGAAGACCCUCCACUGGCUGCCCGAGUGGGAGGCCGCAGUCUCAGCACCCCUAGUGCUCUUAGCUUUGGUUCUCCAACCAGUAGUGAUGACAUGACCCUCACCAGUCCCAGUAUGGACAACUCCAGUGCAGAGUUACUGCCUGGUGGAGACUCUCCGCUCAACAAGAGGAUGACAGAGACGCUACUCGCCAGCCUGUCAGAGCACGAGAGGCAGGUUAUUCUAAACAUCCCAGCUGCACAGAAUCCAGAGGACCUGAGGAUGUUUGCCAGGCUGCUUCACUAUUUCCGGGGACAUCACCACCUGGAAGAGAUUAUGUACAAUGAGAACAUGAGGCGCUCGCAACUCAAGACGCUGUUUGACAAGUUUCGCAGUGUCCUUGUGGUGACCAACCAUGAGGAUCCCAUUAUUUCAAUCUUCCAGUCACCCAUGGAGUAGUGCCACAGAGACGGUAUCGGCUCUCAUCAACUGGAAAAUAUGUCAUUUUGAGAGCAGUAAAUAGCCUGUGCUAAGUACUAUUGCUCCACAAUGGCAUUUUAAGAUGAACUGACACAAUGAUUGCAUUAACGUGUGUGGAUUUACAAAUCAUAGAAAGUGUUUUUUUUCCAUUUAUGAGCCAAUGUGUGUUUACAAUAUUAAAUUAUUUUGUACAUACCCCUCA